AUGACAGAGCAGACAGACGUCGUCAUUGUUGGCGGAGGUCCAACCGGAGCACUACUCUCUGCUUUACUGGGGAAAGCAGGUGUUCCCAAUAUAGUUUUGGAAAAAGAAGCUGAUAUCACUACUGAUCCACGUGGUAUCGCGCUUGACGAAGAUGGCAUUCGCGCUUUGCAAGCGAUUGGUGCAUAUGGAAAAGUCUUCACUGAAAUCGGAUCCACCAUGACGAGAUUCAACUUCUUGAGCGGAGUGCAUAAAGACUUGUCUAAACGACCUCUGCUUUCUAUGGAUUACAGUACGAGUGAAGGCGGCACAGGGCACGUUGGUUUCAUAUGUCAUAAACAACCAGCACUCGAAAGAGCCAUUCGCGACUCGAUGUCUGAUAACUCAUACUCCGAGAUGAGAUCCAGGUGCCUAGUAACCGGAAUCAGCGAGGACAGUGAGUGUGUCACCGUGCAUUACAUCAAUGCUCAAGGCCAAGCAACAUCGAUUCAAAGCAGAUUCCUUGUUGGUGCAGAUGGCAAGACUGGCUAUGUGCGAAAGAAAUAUCUCGAACCGCAGGGUAUCACCAUGAACAAGUGUGAAUGCACGAAUUAUGAGGAAACGUGGGUUGCAUUGAAUUGGAAGGUCACGACUCCUACCCCUAAAACCCACCCAGACUUCCCGCUUUGGCAACUAGGCUAUACACCUACAGACGUCUAUGACCUCUUCUUCCCCAAGGAGUUUAAUUUUCUCUGCAAUCCUGAACGACCAGCCGUAUGUGGAAGAUUUGGUUUGCAGACUGAUCAAUUGUGGAGGUUUGAAUUUGUUGUACACAAGGGCGAAGAUGAGGUCAAGAUGGCGACGUUGGAGGAAACUCAGAAAAUCAUUUUUCCGUACCUGACGCAUUCAGGUACCCGUUAUGGAAUGCGUCACGACGUGCAUUACCCAGAAGACUGUAUCGAAGUCUUGAGAUCAAGAGCAUUUUCCUUUCAAGCACGCAGUUGUAAUAGAUGGGCCCAGGGCAGAGUAAUUCUCGUUGGAGACGCUGCACAUGUGUUCCCACCUUUCGGCGGACAGGGUAUCUCAUCGGGUUUCCGAGAUGCUUUGGGCCUUGCCUGGAGGUUGGCUAUGCUUCGACAAGUGCCUCAAGGUAAUCAUACUGACGUGAUCAAAGCGUGGUACACGGAGAGAAAGCAACAGCUGGACCGAUCACUAGCUGCCACAAUUCAAAAUGGUGAAUAUGUCACGCAAAGCAAUCCAUUCACGAUUUUCGUUCGAGACUGGUAUUUGUGGCUCUAUCAGCUUGUUCCGAGAUGGCGGAGGGAAAUAGAGAAGGGUGCUCGCGCGCAAGGUAUGGUUCGGUACAAUCAUGAGGCAGGCAUGCCUUUCUUGCCCGGCAGUUGCGGCGGAACUUUGUUGCCACAGGUCUAUGCCUGGGAUUUCCAAGCCGGUCUUGUCAGAUUCAGCGACGACCUCAUCUUCGCGCCGGGAAAAGACGGUCUUCUACAAGUACUUAUACUACCAGCAUCAGAGAAGGAGGCAGAAGAGCUUACACUGGCAAUAAAAGACAUGCCACAGAAUGAGUUUGUGAAGUCAGACGAGGCGGUAGCUCUAAUUCAAGACUGCACAAUGGGUUCUGCCUGUUCACGAAAGUUGAUGCAUUGCGGUAUACACAUCGCUAGGAUUGCCACUGCCGAGGAAUUCGCGGCUGAAAUAGAUCUGUGCCAAGGAAGGCCAGCACCGAAGUACUAUGAUCCGUAUAGAAUAUCGAAAGAGGUCAGAAACAUGAAGUUUGUGCUGGUAAGACCUGAUAGAUACAUCUAUACGGCAUGUGCGACUUCACAGGAGCUAAGAAAUGCUCUCAAUAGCUUGGUGGAUGUAUUAGUGCAACGCUGA